UUUCCCACGCAUGAGAAUGUCAGCCAGGAAGGUAUAAAACCACUAACAAACCUCAAAUUCAUGACACUUUCAUUCAAUAUUUAAUAAAGUUUAAAUUUAUCUAAUUAUGAAAAUAAUAAUAUUUUUACUUAUCAUUGGCAAACUUUGUCAAAAAGUUUUAAUUCAAGCUCUAAGUCAUGACAGUUUCACUAAAGUAUUGUGGGGAAGUUAUACAAAUGUCAGAAUAUCGCAGCUCUUAAACCAACUGUGUAAUGAAUCACAAAAUGAAGAGAUUUUAUCCCGAGAUGCAUGUUACGGGUGUUUUUUUCGAGCAAGCAAUAAACCAUCAGGAUAUCCAAUGUUACUUUCAAUGUCUGCAUGUGCAGAACUUUAUCUUGACAAUUCAAGCUAUGGUCACUGUCAAACAUACUUGAAAGAUGCAGUAGCCAAUGCGGAAUUAAAUGCCAGUCCCGCAAUAAUUUACUGUACAUUUUUGGAAUGUAUCAGACAAGUUAAUAAGGACUCUUUGAUUAAAAGUUGCAUUGGAGAAGUGAUUGAGACGUUCGAUAAUUUUACGGCGAGUGAUACUAAACUUGCCCAGCUCUUCGUCAAUACAACGGCUUGUAUUCUAGCUAAAACACGCUGUGGAUCACUAAAUCCAAUUACAGGGGCUUUAAAAGAAGGCAAUACGUCAACCAAAUUUUCAAUAAUACCAACAAUGAAUGCCAUUCUCGUAAAUACAGAUUACGAUAUAAAUAUUAUUCAAAUGCCAUUUGGUCACGGCGUCAUUGAUGAAUGCGCCAAGUACAGAAAUAUUCAACAAGCGACUUGGCCAAGUGUUCAAUGUUAAUUUUUAUUUUAUUCUUAUUGUUUAUUUUAAUUAAA